CUUGUAGAGUUCUAGCAAAGAGGUGGCAUCUGUUUUUACUUUUAUAUGUUUAAAUUUCCAUCAUUAUAACAAAAUCGAUUUUUUACAGUAAUGAUUCUCAGUGUGGAGUCAUUUAAUUAUUAAGACCCAUUGACAUGAGAUUACAUCCUCUGCCUAUAAAAAUCCUGGAAGAAAACCUAGGAAAUAUUCAUCUGGACAUUGCACUUGGCAAUGAAUUUAUGGAUAGAAAAUGCAGUUGAAAGAUAUUUCAUAAAGGAAGAAAAAGUAAGAAUACAGCUUUAACCGUUUAUUUUGGUGGAGUCUUUAAGAUUUUCUCUACCUUGAGUGCGCCAGGCGCGGGGAGCCUAGGACCUGGAACGAGAGCCGCCUACCUGCAGCCGCCGCCCACGGCACGGCAGCCACCAUGGCGCUCCUGCUGCGCUUCGUGCUCCUGUGCGGAGUCGCGGAUUUCAUCAGAGGUUGGAGUAUCACUACUCCUGAGCAGAUGAUUGAAAAAGCCAAAGGGGAAACUGCCUAUCUGCCAUGCAAAUUUACGCUUAGUCCUGAAGACCAGGGACCACUGGACAUCGAGUGGCUGAUAUCACCAGCUGAUAAUCAGAAGGUGGAUCAAGUGAUUAUUUUAUAUUCUGGAGACAAAAUUUAUGAUGACUACUAUCCAGAUCUGAAAGGCCGAGUACAUUUUAAGAGUAAUGAUCUCAAAUCUGGUGAUGCAUCAAUAAAUGUAACGAAUUUUCAGCUGUCAGAUAUUGGCACAGAUCAGUGCAAAGUGAAAAGAGCUCCUGGUGUUGCAAAUAGGAAGAUUCAGCUGGUAGUUCUUGGUAAGCCUUCAGGUACAAGAUGUUACGUUGAUGGAUCAGAAGAAAUUGGAAGUGACUUUAAAUUAAAAUGUGAACCAAAAGAAGGUUCACUUCCAUUACAGUAUGAGUGGCAAAAAUUGUCUGACUCACAGAAAAUGCCCACUUUAUGGUUAGCAGAAAUGACUUCAUCUGUUAUUUGUAAAAAUGCUUCUUCUGAGUACUCUGGGACAUACAGCUGUAUCAGAAACAGAGUGGGCUCUGAUCAGUGCCUGUUGCAUGUAAACGUUGUCCCUCCUUCAAAUAAAGCUGGACUAAUUGCAGGAGCCAUUAUAGGAACUUUGCUUGCUCUAGUGCUCAUUGGUCUUAUCAUCUUUUGCUGUCGUAAAAAGCGCAGAGAAGAAAAAUAUGAAAAGGAAGUUCAUCACGAUAUCAAGGAAGAUGUGCCGCCUCCAAAGAGCCGUACGUCCACUGCCAGAAGCUACAUAGGCAGUAAUCAUUCAUCCCUGGGAUCCAUAUCUCCUUCCAACAUGGAAGGAUAUUCCAAGACUCAGUAUAAACGAGUACCAAGUGAAGACUUUGAACGCACUCCUCAGAGUCCGACUCUCCCACCUGCUAAGGUAGCUGCCCCUAAUCUAAGUCGAAUGGGCGCGAUUCCUGUGAUGAUUCCCGCACAGAGCAAGGAUGGGUCUAUAGUAUAGAGCCUCCAUACGUCUCAUCUGUGCUCUCCGUGUUCCUUUCCUUUUUUUGAUAUAUGAAAACCUAUUCUGGUCUAAAUUUUGUUACUAGCCUCAAAAUGUAUCAAAAAAUAAGUUAAUCAGGAGCUGUAAGGAAUAUAUUUUUAAAAAUUUUUGUUUGGUUAUAUCGAAAUAGUUAUGGGCAUUAAGGUUAGUAAAGACAAGUUUACCAUCUGAAAAGGCUGGAUUUUCUUUAAGAGGCUGAUUAUAAAGGUUUCUAAAUGUUAUCAGUACCUAAGUAAGAUGUAGCACUUUGAGUAUGAAAUCAUAGGUGAAGAAAUCGGUGAACUUACUUGCAUACCAAGUUGAUACUUGAGUAACCAUCUGAAAGUGGUACUUGAUAAUUUUUACCAUUAUUUUUAGGAUGUGUAUCUCAUUUAUUUAUGGCCCACAAGUCUCCCCCAAAUUAGUACAGAAACAUCACUGACAAAAUUACUUAUGUACGUUUGUACUUGUUUUCACAGCUCCUUGGAAAACUCUGUGUUCGGAAUAUCUCUAAAAACAUAGAAAACACUACAGUGGUUUAGAAAUUACUAAUUUUACUUGUAAGUCAUUCAUAAACCUUGCCUAUGAAAUAACUUCUUAAAUAUUUAGUUGAUAGACUGCUACAGGUAAUAGGGACUUAGCAAGCUCUUUUAUAUGCUAAAGGAGCAUCUAUCAGAUUAAGUUAGAACUUUUGCAGUCUGCCACAUAUUGAGAUGGCACUAGGUGCAAUAGCAGGGAUAGAUUUUGUUGGUGAGAGGUCUCAUGCCUUGAGAUCUGUGGUGGUGUUUAAAAUGGUGGCCAGCCAGACCAAGGAUGUAGUAUCUCAUAGUCCCCAACUAAAGGCUGGCUUUCCACUUUAGGUGAUAUUUUUCUAAUUAGAAAAAUAUUAUAACUCAUUUAUUGUUUGACAAUUAUAGAUUGAAAUUUCCUAAUUCUAACUUUUAAGUGGCUCUUUGGUUUCAGUGCUCUAUGUUGUUUGUUGUUGGUUUUGGAUGGCAUUACAUAUUAUAUGUUCUAGAAACAUGUAAUCCUAAAUUUACCCUCUUGAAUAUGAUCCCUGGAUGAUAUUUUUAUCAUAAAUGCAGAAUAAUCAAAUACAUUUUAAGCAAGUAAGUGUCCUCCAUCAAUUCCAUAUUCCAGACUUGGGAGGAUGUACAGUUGCUGUUGUGUGAUCAAACAUGUCUCUGUGUAGUUCCAGCAAAUCAAGCUGAGCUUCAAAAAAGUUUGAGUCUUAGUUUUGUGAAAGUGAUUUAUUCUUAAAAAAAAAAAAGAAAGAAAGAAAAAAAGAAAAAGAAAAAAGAUAAGAAAAAGGAGUAAAGCGACCACUCCUCCUUGUCAAAUGUGCUAAAUAUCAUUUUAGGAGAAGAAAGUGGAUGUAUUGUAUCUCCCUUAAGAUUGUGAGGGAGUGUGGAUACAGUAGAAUGAGCCAAUAGUUUCUUUAUAAUAAAUACGGUCUGCAAUAAAUUAUUUCACUAGCUCUAAAACCUUUCCCUAGAUUUUAGUGGGGAGUUGGUUUCUGUUAAUAUCUUUGGGUGCUGUGGUGGUAAAUGCUACAUUAUAAACGAUGGCAUGUAUUUACAGUUACAGUAUUGUGUGUACACUUUUUAAUGGUAAACUUAAGCUGAAUGUGUAAUGGAUUUGUGUAUAGUUUUACAUAUUUGGAAGCAUUUUAAAAAUAGGUUUUAACCUUACAUAAAAUUACUUUUAUACUUCUGUUAACAUUUUCUUCUGUGCCUUUUGGGUAAUUUAAUUUCUGUUAUGAAUUUCUGGUGCCUAUGAGCUAGCUAUCACCUACCUGAGAGUUGCUUAGAGGUGAAGUUACUGUUUCUAAAAACACAUCACUGUGACAUCUUUCUAUCCUCAUAUUUUCAAGCUUGCCUCUUUUCUGUUCUUUGUGGAUGUAACUUAAGUGAUUGUGUUAUUCAUAAAGAUUUAGAAAUUUCAAUAUUCCCAACACUCUGACUAUGUUUCUGAUUU